ACGAACAAGUCUAGUGCUAUCUGGAGAAAUGGAUUGUGGACUUUUACAAAGGACAAAAGAGAAAUUUUACAACUGCUAAAAUCUGCCGCCACUUCACUUUUGUUCACAUUUUGUGAAGAAGGAAGUUGAAAUCAAUGUAUUUUCAGAUUUGUUUGUGUAAUUGUGUGUAAUUCCUUCAGUAAUUCUUGGUGCAGCGCCACCACAGGCACUGCAGAAAAUGGGUUGCUCAAAAGUGUUUGGAUCGAUUGGCAAGUGAACCAAGCCAGCUGAAUAUGUGACAAAUGUUGCAGUUUCGGUCUCUAUUCAAACUGAGUCUGUCAGACAAUUAUUAAAACACCUUUACUUUAUGUAGCCAGUAAGAUUACAUCUUGAGAGAAGCUCAUUUUGCUCGUAAUGUGUGAACUUCUGAGAAGUAGUGAGUGCACCCAAGAGACGGAGAAGGCAGGCGUCAGCUGUCAUACAGCCACCUCUUGAACCCUGCAGGAACAGAAACCCCAUGGAAGAAGCUCAUGUGUGAAGCUCUGUGACACAUCUACAGUCCCUUCAGUUAAAAGUUGGAAGGCAGUUUGUGCUAAGUUGACUUCACGUGCUUCCACUUGGAGUCCAGCUGCGUGACCCGAUACUGACCCAGAGAUGACAGUGGCAUUGAGUUGAAGGAGCCAGGAGCGGGGAGUUCUGAGGUCUUGCUGAAUAGCUACCCAGGCUGAUUGACAUCCGAGGAGCUUUCUGCCAACUCCCCCUGCCGCUCCUGUAUUCUCUUUUCAUCCUAUAAAACUCGGUGGUCGCUAAGUUUUUGCCCAGAGAGGGUGAUGUGAAUAGAGACAAAGUGCUCCUCAAAAAGUAGGAUUUCCAUACAUAAUGCCGGUUUGGCACUCUGUUCCUCAAACAGUGAGCUCACUGAUCGCUGCUAAAACGUCCCUGGCGCAGUUGCACAGAAACGUAGAGUCAACAGGGAGUAAUUCAGGUAGCCAAUCAGGGAUAGGCUACUAAUAGAUGCUGGCUAACCAGCCAGAUGAGGGUUUUAUUACACUGAACAGAGGUCUGCUUCAUGUGCAAGGGCAGAGAGGUGGCGGAUCAGGAUAUUCAUGGUGCCUCAGAGGACAGAGUCACAACAGGAGUUCAGGGCAGAGUACGGGGAAAUUCAGGGAGCCUGGGGUACCUGGGGCGCCUGGUCAACCUGCUCCCGGACAUGUGGGAAAGGGGUACAAGAACAGGCGAGGCCCUGUCUUCCUGUGUACACUCAAUACCCCGCCAGAGGAGCUGCCGUUCAGCCCCAGCAGCCAGGCCAUGUCAUUUCAGCUUUGAAACCUGCUGCUGCUCCACGCCACAGUGGUGUCAGAGCCUUCAACAGCAGCAGCAGCGGGGGAGAGCUGAGGAGGGAGAAGCAGAGCAGGCCAGCCGAACGCAAGAAGGUCACCCACAUUGUCCCAGGGAAGUAUGGCUAUGGACGAACACCUCAUGUGGCUCCACUGUUAGUGGCUUCAGGCAGAGGCUCAGCUUCCCCUCGCCUCCACAGACAAAAACGCUCUCCUGCUGCUAACUCCCUCCAGGCCUUUCCUAGAGGGUACACCGACCUCAGAUCACACAAACUGGAUGCCUCCAACAACCUCCAUCGCUUUACCAGGCCAUAUGUGCAUCCCAGAACUCAACAUCCCAGGAAUAACCAACUCUGGACUUCCCUUUACCAGCCUGCAUCCUCUAACCAGGCUGAGGUCCAGACUGGGAGUCACACCUCCAGCCACCAGCUGCACAAGGAGAGACCUUACAACCCACUGCCUUCAUCCUUCUGUACAGGGGAGCAUGCUCACUACAGGAUCUGCAACAGUAAUGAUUGUCCUCCAUCCAGCAAAGACAUCAGAGCAGUUCAGUGUUCCUCCUACAACAACCAGCCUUUCAUGGGCAGACUCUAUAAAUGGGAACCUUUUAAUGAAGUUCCUGGGGGGCAGCAUUGUGAGCUAAACUGCCGGGCCACUGGGUUCAGAUUCUACGUGAGACAGUCAGACAGGGUGAUCGAUGGCACGCCGUGUGGACAAAAUGAGACAAAUCUGUGUGUGGCAGGACGAUGCGCGAGCCUUGGGUGCGAUGAGUAUCUUGGAUCUGGGAAGGUGGUUGACACAUGCGGCGUGUGCGGAGGAGACAACUCCACCUGCAGACUGGUAUCAGGAGUGUUCAAACACAGCUUGUCCAAGAUUGGCUACCACAAGAUCGUGGAGAUCCCAGAGGGAGCCACAAAGAUCAAUGUGACGGAGAUGGUGAAGAGCAGAAACUACCUGGCUCUGCGAAGCCGUUCAGGGAGAGCCAUUAUAAAUGGAAACUGGGCUAUUGACCGACCGGGGAAAUAUGAGGGUGGAGGUACCAUGUUCACCUACCGCAGACCCAAUGAGAUCAGCAGUAGAGCUGGGGAAUCCUUUCUUGCUGAGGGCCCCACCAAUGAAAUUCUGGAUGUUUAUAUGAUCUUUCAACAACCAAACCCUGGGGUUCACUACGAGUACAUUCUCCCCUCUGAGAAAACCGUCAAGCCUCAGCAACCAACACAAACAGCAGAAGAAGCUGCGGGAGGACAGGAUGAGUAUACCCAGCAGAUCCACACGCAGCAGGAGAACGUCAACUCUGCAGGUGGGGGAAGAUAUCAUCCACAUCUUCCUGAUAACCAGGUACCUGCUGUGGUUCCUCCAAGACGUGACAGGGAGUACAACUGGAAACUGACUGGUACCACAGAAUGCAGCGCAUCCUGUGGAAAAGGUUUCAGAAAUUCAGUAUUCAGCUGCGUCCACCGGCUGAAUCACAUGGAGGUGUCGGAUGCUUUUUGUGAAAGCAGCAGCCGCCCAGGUCCACAGGAGGAGGCCUGCAACCUGCAGCCCUGCCCAGCAUUUUGGGAUAUAGGAGAGUGGUCGGAGUGCAGCAAGACCUGUGGACUGGGCAUGCAGCACCGGCAGGUUCUGUGCCGCCAAGUCUAUGCCAACCGCACCCUCAACGUCCAUAUGAGCCGCUGUCGACACCUCGAGCGACCCGAAACGGCCAGUACCUGCCAGCUCAAAAUCUGCAGUGAGUGGCAGAUCCGCUCUGAGUGGACAUCUUGUUCGGUGCCAUGCGGGGUGGGUCAGAGGUCAAGAGAGGUGCACUGUGUCAGCAACGUGGGUGACUUCGUUCCUGAUGAGGAGUGCAACAUGAACCUGCGACCCACCAACGUAGAGAACUGCGACAUGGGAGCCUGUGCCAAGAGCUGGUUCUACACUGAGUGGGGAAACAGGUGCUCCGCUGAAUGCGGGAUGGGUGUCCGAACCCGCAGCAUUCUUUGCCUGACCAACCACAUCAGCAGCCUCCCUCUGGAGGGGUGUGGUAGCGAGCGGCCUGCAGACUCCCAGGUCUGCAACAACGGUCCCUGUGACAAUCGAAUCGAGUGGUUCACAGGUCCUUGGAGCCAGUGCUCUGCAGAAUGUGGCACCGGCAGUCAGCAGAGGUCAGUGGUGUGCCUGAUAAAGUCUGAUGAAGGAUUUACCAUCAUGCCACCCUAUGAAUGCUCAUCCUUGGACCGACCACUUAGUCAGCAGAGCUGCAACAUUAAGACCUGUGGGGCGAAGUGGUACCACACUGACUGGAGUGCAUGUUCAAAAACAUGUGAAGGAGGUUUCCGCGUUCGGGAGGUGCGCUGUCUGUCAGACGACAUGCUGUCCUCUGAGGCCUGUGAUGAGCAACUGAGACCAGCGGACAGGGAGGACUGCAGCCCUGAGCCCUGCAUACCUCAGAUAGACGUGAACUGCAAAGACAAGUACUACAACUGCAACGUGGUGGUCCAGGCUCGCCUCUGUGUUUACGAUUAUUACAAAACAGCAUGCUGUGCAUCUUGUUCACGCAUUGCACACAAACAGAAAGUACAUCGAGGUCACAGCUAGCACCGACUUCCUGAGGAUCCUAAUUCACACCCACUAAAGGCUCUCUGACCUUGAGCCUACCUGGACAGACGGACGGACAGGACCUUUUCCAGAAAGGACCCUCGUCAAUGUUAAGAGGGAUGAAAACUUGAGAAGGACCAUUUGUGUGGGAUCUUUUACAGGUUGCUGUUGGGGAACAAAAAAGGCUAUAAAUCAUGUGUGACAUGAAUCUAGGUACUGGAAAUAAAGAAUGUUAUCCAGAUCAACGAGGAACAGUUGAAACAGAGGAAUCAGACAAACUUGUUGGGUUCUUGUUCCUCAGUUUGAGAUGAACCAUCUGGCUCUUGUGCAUCACUUUGUCCAGAGGAGACUGCCAGUAAACCCUCUGUGGAGGAUAUAUUCUAACAAAGUGGAAACUGUCCAGCAUAUAAUAAGCGGUUUCACAUCCAGCCUCACUAACAUCAGCUCAUUAAACUGAGCUCAGCACAAAAACAUUCCUUUCAUAAACAAAUUCUGUGCAUUAAACCCUCCAUGGGGCUAACAACGUGUCUGUUCCUACCCUGCCCUGAGAUGUAAAAGCAACUUUUGUAAUAUAAUUAUCUGUAUAUAUGUUUGUGUAUAACAACGUUUGAUACAUUUUUUGUUUUUUUAAUGUUUCUCUGACGCUCCCACAUAACCUAAAAGGAGGGGGUAGUCCUCUUUAUUUAUGUAUGUGACUCUCCAGGGUGAAUGCUGCUUUAUCGGCCACUGGUGGCUUCUUUUCAGCUGUUCUGUCUCUAAGCCAAUCACGGCAUCUGAACUGGAUGUGGGCGUCCCACAGCCUGCUGGAUGGCAGAACCAGAUGCUCCAAACACUGGUGAUUUUUGACAAGUUGAAAAUAUGAUUUUAUUUUUUUUUUUGUCUUCCCUGUGGGUCAUGAUCACUCCACAACUGAACAAUCCUUGACAAUGUACACACAACUUUUAAAGUAUUAUUAAUGCUUUAUUGAUAUAGCUGCAUUGUACAGAUGGCUUGAGUUGAUAUGUCUGUGGUUCAUAAAUUCCUGUUUAUAAUUUAGCCCUUUUUACCGUAACAAUGUUGUUUAUAAACUUUCUCAUGUAGUACCUCAUAA